AAAUUCCCCACCAAUCAGUCGUCAUUUGCUAGUCCGGUUUGACAGUGCGUUGGACUUUUACUUGUGAUUCUACGGUUCUCUGACUUCGUUUGGAUUUGCGAAUAUUUACGGGAAGAUUAUCUGUCCUCCAGAUUUUAUCGGAAGAAAUGGAUUCCUCGCCGUCUGCCAUCAGGACGGAUGUCGCCGGGUCGUCCACUACGCAAACUGAAGUGAUUCCAGCUGAAGGCUUGGCUCCGCAAGCUCCGGUUCUGAGGCUACAAUUAGCUAAACCCAAAAAUGACAAAAAAGUGGCAUGGCGUAGUGGAACAGUCGACAAUGAAAAUAUGGGCAAAAAGAAAUCAAAAUGUUGCUGUAUCUACAAAAAACCACUGCAGUUCGGGGAAAGUUCAUCAGAAAGUGAAGACGAGUGUGAAAAUUGUUUCGGACACGUAGAAAAACGUCAUAAGAAAAAGGGCGGAAGCUCUGGAGAUGAUUGUCCCGAUCAUUGUGACGAAAAUCCAGAUUCAAAAUCAGAUUUGCCAAACGGCUCGAAUCAAAAUUAAUCCGAAAUUGUUAAAAACAACACAUACCGCUUAGAAAUAAUUAAUAACCCUAAUUAUCGUUAAGUCUAGACAAAACCAUAUUUUAUGAGACCGUUACAAACUUUUGUAUAGUAAUUACAUUAAAUUAGCACUUUAUUAUGUUCACUUUUUGGAUGUUUAUACAAACAAUAGAUUUAUUCAGACCAAAUUUAUUUAAAUAAAUAUUAAAAUAUGACAUA